UUUGGGAAUUUUCCUCUGGGAAAUCUGAUGUGUUGACUUGCGGUAUCUAAAGCCUUGUUUACAUUUGGUAUUUUGAUGUGACUCAAAUCCUUUUUCCUGCAGUCAACAGCCAAAAAGCACAUGGAAUCAGAUAUUUCAUGCCACAUUUAAAACCACCUUUGUAGGUUUUUAGACAGUUUGGUAUAUCUUGUUGCUUGCUAGCUACUCUGUUGACAAUUUUGACAAGAACAUUUGUUAGUUAACUAGCUUGUUAAUGGUUUACAAUCAAAUUAGGGAAUGUGCUGAAGGCUAGAGGGAGAUAUAAACAUUUUGCUUUCACCUUUCUGAUCCUUCCAUAUCUAUGAAGGCCAGGGGCCAUUCUGAUGUUUCGAGAGGUGUCAAUUUUAGACUGCGCCUUACUCCCUCCCUCCCUUUUCUACUGUGCUGCUCCCUUGUGUGUUCUUUAGAUAACAGGUGCUGCUCUGGCCUCCAUGAGACAGUCUGAAUACAUCAGUCACAGAUUGGGCUCUCACUCUCAGCCUGAGGUAUUAGGGAGUUAGUGGAUAAAGGCAUUACUGUCUGAAAGGUGCUGAGCCAGGUGUGUGUGAGAGAUACGGGUAAAGCGCUCGGGUCAGGAGGAGGAUCUUGUGUCCUCUGUCCUGCUGCUGGCACGGCUCUCCUUUUCCUUUCUCUCCCGCUGUUCAUCUUUCCUCAUCAUUCCUCUCUAAUCCUCCCCUUUUACUGUUUCACUCCCUCUUUCUCCUCUAUCACCUUUUAUUCACACUUCAACAUAUUCUUCGUAAUCUCUUUAUCUCACGCUAUCCCUGCUUGCCCCCCACUCUCCUUCACCAUGCUCUCCCUCUGAGUGUCCUCGCUGUCGGCGACAGCCUCUCUCCCUCCGUUGCCAUGGAUUUGGGCAGCCUGACCACGGUGGUUGCCAACUCUGCCUACAUAAGCGCCCGCGGCAGCUUCGAUGGCUCCAACCCGGCAGCCUCGCGUGACAAGAAGUACCACGCCCGCCUCAAGCUGCCCCAUAUCACCGUGUGUGAGGGCCUCCAGGAAACCCUGGACCUAACCUUUCAGUCAGUCUGCGUGGAGCAGCCCAUCGGCAAACGUCUGUUCCGCGAGUUCCUGGAGACGGCGCCCGAAUACCACGGUCCUUGCCACUUGUGGCGGGACAUCGAAGAGUACGACUUAGCCGAAGACACAGACCGGGCCCAGAAGGCAUCUAGGAUUGUCCAGCGUUACCUGGAAUCCUCUGCUAAGCUCUACUGCCCCUUCCUGACCCCGGAGACCGUGACCCAGGUGAAGGAGGCACAGCAGGGGGCUGGGGACACCCUCUUUUCCCAGACACUGGUCUCGGUGCUGGGCUACCUCCAGGAAGUUCCCUACACCUUCUUCCUGGAGAGCAUGUACCUGAAGAGGUUCCUGCAGUGGAAGUGGCUGGAGAUGCAGCCCAUGGACCAAGACUGGUUCCAGGACUUCCGUGUGCUUGGGAAGGGGGGUUUCGGAGAGGUGUCUGCCUGCCAGAUGAAGGCCACGGGGAAACUGUACGCCUGCAAGAAGCUCAACAAGAAGAGGCUGAAGAAGAGGAAAGGCUAUGAGGGGGCAAUGGUGGAGAAGAGGAUUCUUGCCAGGGUUCAUAGUCGCUUCAUCGUGUCACUGGCCUACGCUUUCCAGACCAAGGAUGAGCUUUGCCUGGUUAUGACCAUCAUGAAUGGAGGAGACCUGAAGUACCACAUCUAUCUGGUGGAUGAGAACAACCCAGGGUUUGAGGAGCCCAGAGCCUGUUUCUACGCAGCUCAGAUCAUCCAGGGCAUGGAGCACCUCCACCAGAAGAGAAUCAUCUACAGAGACCUCAAACCUGAGAACGUGCUGCUGGACAAUGAAGGUAACGUGCGUAUCUCUGACCUGGGUCUGGCAGUGGAGCUGAAGGAAAACCAGACAAAGAUCAAAGGCUAUGCCGGAACUCCAGGGUUUAUGGCCCCAGAGCUCCUGAAGGGGGAGAAGUAUGACACCUCAGUGGACUAUUUCACCCUAGGGGUCACACUGUUUGAGUUUAUGGCCGCCAAGAACCCCUUCAGGGAACGCGGAGAGAAGGUUGAGAAGGAGGCACUAAAGGAGCGCAUCAUGACCGGGACGGUGGUCUACCCAGAGACAUUCAGUGAGAACGCCAAGUCCAUCUGCUCUGCGCUGCUGGAGAAACAGGUGGACAAGAGACUAGGUUUCAAGGACGGGACCUGUGACGAGAUCAGGACACACCCCUUCUUCAGCGCCAUCCACUGGACGAGACUGGAUGCAGGCAUCCUGCCCCCCGUUUGUCCCUGACUCCAAGGUGGUCUACGCCAAGGACCUGGAUGACGUGGGGGAGUUCUCCUCGGUGAAGGGAGUGGGGCUGGACGACCCCGACCGCGUGUUCUUUGACGAGUUCUCCUCUGGGAACAUUGCCAUCCCCUGGCAGGAGGAGAUGAUU